CUGCUUACAUCCUUAACCUAGCCUGUUUAUUCACUUCUGCUGAUCCAACAGAAGCACUAACUAUGCAUAUGGUUGGAUUUAUUGAUGUCUUGGAAAUAAUGAUUCCAGAUAGAAGAGAACAGGACAAGAUCUCAACUUUGAUGGACUUCUACAUAAAAAGUGAAGGGAUAUUCUCAAGGGAUAUCGUAAUAAAACAUCGAACAAUGAAAUUACCCACUGACUGGUGGGCUGCCUAUGGAGUGGACCCAAACAGGAAAGAUCCAGCUCUAAAGAAGCUGGCUAUGAAGAUUCUUGGACUCACGUGUUUUGCUAGUGGUUGCGAGUGCAAUUGGAGCACGUUCGAGGCGAUUCAUACCAAGAAAAAGAAUCGCCUUGAGCCAAAAAAGCACAACAACUUAUUGGAUGCAGAUAACGAGUGGCUCGUAGAGACGGAGGACCUGGUAUUUGCUAGGGAGGAGCUGACAUGGGCACAAGUUGAAGAUACCGCAUAUGGAUCGACACCUGGUGAAGGUAGAAGUAUCACUCGAAAGCGAAGGACGGGAGGGAGCCGAGGGGCGAGUAGUAACCGUCAACCCGUUGAUGAAAUUGAGGAGAUUGAAGAAGGAGAAUGUGAUAAUGAUGAUCAAGCUGAAAAUCAUCCACUAUUGGAUGUUAAUGAAGCAUUAGUACAUUCAGAUGAUGAAGAAAUGGAAGAAGAAGAAGUAUCGGAAGCUGGCAGUGGGGCGGUCACAGAAUGA